UAUUAACCACCUACUAAAGGAUGAACUUCAACAUGAAUUGUGUGUACGAGGUUUAUCGUUCUCUGAGACAGCUACGGUUGAAACAUUACGAUCAUGUUUGAGAAGUACUUUGAAACUUGAAACUAUGAAUCAAUCGUUCAAAUACCCGGAUUAUAAUUUCGAUGUUUCUAAUGAAUUAACGACCGUGAAUAUAAAAUUAGAGGAACUUCGUAAAAGUCUGGCGAUUGGUAAGGUUAGUAGAGAUAAUAUCAGAUCACGUUCUUUACACUUGGUCCGAAGAUUGGAUAGAAUUCCGGAAGAUAAGUUAGAUGGCGAGAAAGAUAAAACAAAAAGACAAACACUAUCGGAGAUACUUUUGCUUUUGGAUUCUGUUGAAGCUGUUCCCACUAAGUCAGAGGCACUUCAUGCUGAACUUGCCGGCCUCUUGCUAUCAGCUGAUGAACAAUCGUCUGAUUCCUCAUCUGAUCACUUAGAUUUUGAAAUUCCAAGAACUAAUAAAAUUUCAUCUACCCCUGAAAGAACUCAAUAUUUCAAGAAAUGCGAUAUUCAGAAAUGGAAUCUCAAGUUUUCUGGAGAUUCAAAGGGUAUGAGUGUGAAUAACUUUUUGGAGAGAGUAGAGGAAUUGAGAGUUGCUCGUGGUGUUGCUGAAUCUCGUUUAUUUGAGUCAGCAAUAGAUCUUUUUGACGGUAAAGCACUUUUAUGGUAUAGGUCAAAUCGAGGUCGAUUCUCUAGUUGGAAAGAUUUAACGGACUUGUUGCUUAAGCAUUAUCAGCCGCCGGAUUACAAGGCAAGGUUAUUCAAAGAUAUUUUGUCGCGGACUCAGGAUUCUUCCGAGGGUAUAAUUGAAUAUGUUUCAUGUAUGAGAGGUAUGUUUCGACGUUAUGGUGAUGUGGCCGAGGAUAUCCAGUUGAAUAUAAUCGUUCGAAAUUUGUCCCCAUUUUAUUCAACUCAACUUUCGUCUGUUACUAAUUUGCAGGAGCUAGAGGAUGAAUGUUUGAAACUAGAAGUCAAGAAGUAUCGAGCUGAUACUUAUGUACCCCCUUCACGUCGUAGACAGAAUUAUGUUGAUGCUGAUUUUGCAGUAGAGAGUAAAACUUGUUGGAAUUGCCAGAAGAUUGGUCAUGUUCGACAGGACUGUACAGAGCCAAGGAAGUUGUUCUGCUAUAGAUGUGGUGAGAAUGGUGUUACAGUUCGAAAUUGUUCUAAAUGUAGUAGAAAGUCUGAUAGGUCGGGAAACGGCCGAAGGGGAAAAUAG